AUUGAAACCGGAAGUGUGUACUUGUGUAGCGGCAGAAGCUAGUUAUUUAAAUCCUCUCCUUUUCGUAUUGGUUACAUUUUGCCAGUUAUUCGGUAGUAGCAAACCCGUCAGCUGGAUAUAAGUUUCUUUUACAACAUCGAGCUAAAACCUUUAAACAUCUGAUAUUUUUGUCGCUUUACCCAAACAACUUUAGCUAACUGCUGCUAGUUUACCCUAAAGUCCCUUAAGUUUACCCCCCAGCUUUAGCAUCAACACAGCUGUGUUGGUCCGAAAACCCAAAACAACUUUUUAACGUUUGGAUUUAAUUAUCGAACAUUUACAGAAGAAGAUUUAACCGUUGGCAAAAUCAGAUUUAUUUUUUUAUUUUUUAUUUUUUGUGUGGGGAUUUACAAACUUUGUGCCAGUUAUUUCCUUUGAAAUAACCACAUAAUGGAUAAAACCGUCGCUUUAAACACAGCUGAUGGAGAAACUGUCGACGCCAUGUCGGAUUCGGAUAAAUGCUACAUCUGCCUGAGUCCCCUUGAGAAGCAAACAGUGGGAUCUUUGGAUAAAUGUCCACACUUCUUUUGUUUUGAAUGCAUCUGCCAGUGGUCUCAGACAGCCAACACCUGCCCUGUGGAUCGGAUCAGUUUUGCUUAUAUCCAUCAGAGACGGUGUCCUGGAGGGGACAUUCAGAAGAAGAUCAAAGUGACGCCCCGCAGAACGGAGCAGGAUGAGCCUGAAGUGGACUGGAGAAGCGUUGUGAUCUGUGAGGAAUGUGGGCGGAGCGGCCGCAGGGACCGACUGCUGGUUUGCAGACAAUGUGACUCUGGGUACCACCUGGGCUGCUUGUCUCCACCUCUAAACUCUGUCCCUGAAGGAGACUGGGUGUGUCCUGACUGCGAGGUCACUCCUCAGAACGCAGACAGCUCUUUGGCAGAGGAGGAAGACAUAAGCGAUGGAGAAGUCACAGACCUCCUCGCCGACGUGGACCAAACUCCGUCUACAAGCGGCCGCCUCCGGCCCUCGACCGUGAAUCGUCCCAGCAGCUUCCCAGAAAGACGGCGGAGCGCGAGGAUCCAGAGCAGAGGAGGAAGCGCCGCUCCAUACCCGCGUCCACAGACCUUCUGGCAUGUUCCUAAAUGCCUGAUACGUGCAUCCAGGCCAGCAGUAACGGCUGAAGGAUCUGAUGUCCCUGGUGUCAAAGGUUCUUCAGACAAGAAGAAAAGAAAAAGAAGAAAGCACGUAGCUUGAAGAACCAAGGAGCUGAGGAGGUUUUUCUGAACAUUAGAUGCCUGGAAAA